AUGGCCGAGAAGCGGAGAGGCUCUCCGUGCAGCAUGCUGAGCCUCAAGGCGCACGCCUUCUCGGUGGAGGCGCUCAUCGGCGCCGAAAAGCAGCAGCAGCAACAGCAGCAGCAGCAGCAGCAGCUUCAGAAGAAGCGGCGAAAGUUGGGCGCGGAGGAGGCGGAGGCAGCCGGGCCGGGCGACAGCGGAGGCUGUAGUCGCGGCGGCGCGGGUGAAAAGGGCUCCUCGGAGGGAGACGAAGGCGCGGCGCCCGCGGCCGGCCGGAGCUGCGCAGAGCCGGAACGGAGCUGUGGCUCGCGCGGCGCCGCGGGCAGCUGCGAGGACGGCUUCCCGCCGGGCGCCUCGCCUCUGGCGUCCCCUGGAGGCUCCCCGAAAGGGUCCCCGACGCCAGCCCUGGGCCGGCCGGGCACUCCGCUGCCCUCGCCUCAGACGCCGCGGGUGGAUCUCCAGGGAGCGGAGCUGUGGAAGCGCUUUCACGAGAUUGGCACGGAGAUGAUCAUCACCAAGGCGGGCAGGCGCAUGUUUCCAGCAAUGAGAGUGAAAAUCUCUGGAUUAGAUCCUCACCAGCAAUAUUACAUUGCCAUGGAUAUUGUGCCAGUGGACAACAAAAGAUACAGGUAUGUUUAUCACAGCUCUAAAUGGAUGGUGGCAGGUAAUGCGGAUUCCCCUGUGCCACCUCGAGUGUACAUUCAUCCAGACUCACCUGCUUCGGGGGAGACUUGGAUGAGACAAGUAAUCAGCUUUGAUAAGCUGAAGCUCACCAACAAUGAACUGGAUGAUCAAGGCCAUAUCAUUCUUCAUUCUAUGCAUAAAUACCAACCUCGAGUGCACGUCAUCCGUAAAGACAGUGGAGAUGACCUUUCUCCCAUCAAGCCUGUCCCAGCUGGGGAGGGAGUUAAGGCCUUCUCCUUUCCAGAAACCGUCUUCACAACUGUCACUGCCUACCAGAAUCAGCAGAUUACGCGUCUGAAGAUAGACAGAAAUCCAUUUGCCAAAGGCUUCCGAGACUCUGGGCGAAACAGAAUGGGUUUGGAAGCCCUGGUGGAGUCAUAUGCAUUCUGGCGGCCUUCAUUACGGACUCUUACCUUUGAAGAUAUCCCUGGAAUUCCCAAGCAAGGCAAUGCAAGUUCUUCCAACCUACUCCAAAGUUCUGGGAAUGGCGUCCCUGCCACCCACCCUCACCUUUUGUCUGGUUCUUCUUGCUCCUCUCCUGCCUUCCAUCUGGGGCCCAACUCCAGCCAACUCUGUAGCCUGGCUCCGGCUGACUAUUCCACCUGUGCCCGUUCAGGCCUUGCCCUCAACCGAUACAGCACGUCCUUGGCGGAGACUUACAACAGACUCACCAACCAGUCCGGCGAGACUUUUGCCCCACCCAGGACUCCUUCCUAUGUGGGCGUCAGCAGCAGCACCUCUGUGAACAUGUCCAUGAGUGGCACUGAUGGGGACACCUUCAGCUGCCCACAGACAAGCCUGUCCAUGCAGAUUUCUGGAAUGACCCCUCAGCUCCAGUAUAUCAUGCCUUCACCCUCCAGCAAUGCCUUUGCUGCCAACCAGACCCAUCAGGGUUCUUACAACACUUUCAGAUUACACAGUCCUUGUGCUUUGUAUGGAUAUAACUUCUCCACAUCCCCUAAACUGGCUGCCAGUCCUGAGAAAAUUGUUUCUUCUCAAGGAAGUUUCUUGGGAUCCUCACCGAGUGGAACCAUGACUGAUCGGCAGAUGUUGCCCCCUGUGGAAGGAGUGCACCUGCUUAGCAGUGGGGGUCAGCAGAGUUUCUUUGACUCUAGGACCCUAGGAAGUUUAACUCUGUCAUCAUCUCAAGUGUCUGCACAUAUGGUCUGA